CACACUUGGUGGCGCUGAAGCACUAAAUCGCGCGCUAGCUCGUUAGAAGAAGAAUGGUAGUCAAAAUGGACGCGGAGCUGUUGUUGUUUUUGGUUUCUGAGAACAAGGAGUUAUUUGAUAAAAACCACAGCGAGUACAAAAACACGAAGCGGAAAGAAGUUCUCUGGCAAGGAAUAGCAGACAAAAUGGGAGUCGAUGUGGAAGAGGUGAAAGCUAAAUGGAAAAAUCUAAGAGACACAUACACCAGGAAAAAGCGACUGGAGCAGGACGGGAAUCGGAGUGGAAGGGCAGCUAAGAAAAAGAAGCAAUGGAAAUAUAUGCGAGUGAUGGACUUUCUCGAUCCCUCCACAGAGCACAGAAGUGUUAUAUUGGACAGCGUUCCCGGCAAAAUAGAGGAUGAUGAGCCAGACGAAGACAGCGGGGCCGAACCAGCCAGCACCAGUACGGGAACAUCCAUGGCAAGUCCAGGAGCGAUCCGGUCUGAAAUUGUAAAGAGAAGGCGAUCAGAGACACUAGAGCUGUUGGAGAGGUAUCUGGCAACUAAAGAUGCAAGAGACAGAGAGAAAGACGAACAGCAAGACGAAGUCGAUUUAUUUCUUCGGAGCUUAGCACCUGCAUUAAGACGCUUACCUGCUUCAAAGCAGUCCUUGGUGAAGCUUCAGAUCCAAAAAAUACUUCAUGACGCAGAGUUCGGACAGCCCAGCUUUCCUCAGAUAUCCUCAGUGUCACCAAGUAAUCAGUUGUUACUACAGUGUAGUGUUGUAAAACCCAGUUGAAGUGCUUUUUUUAUUGAAAAUAAAUGUGACUAAAAGAAG